GACGCGAACAACCUAUCGUAACUGUGAAACCAGUGCUAUUCGGUCGGAACGUAUCGAUCAGAUGAACAUGAUCAGCACACUAAUCCGUAGCUGUGUAAUCGGAUUCAGCUGGAGCACAUGAGAUAUCAGGAUUUUUGGCAUAUAUAGUCUACCUGAUUUGAGCACGGCGAAACAUGUUGCAGCUUUUGUGGCUCCUACUUAUUUGGAGGCCUAUUUGUGCAAAGUCGCAAGAGGCAGCACCCGAACAGGUGCAUCUGGCACUUGGUGAUCGGGCUGAUAUCAUUGUCGUUACUUGGGUCACUCUGCUUCCAACCAAUUCAUCCAUUGUGCUGUACGGAACAAGUGAACUCUUGUUGCAAACGGCUACUGGAUCCCAUACCACGUAUGUAGACGGUGGAACGGAAGAGAGGGUAUUUUAUAACCAUCGGGUCACGCUACAAGAUCUUCUACAUGGAUAUCGAUACUACUAUAAAUGCGGUGAUGGAAGUUCAUGGUCUCAAACGUUCACAUUCCGAGCCCUGGCGGACCAUCCGUUCUGGUCUCCUCGUUUGGCGAUCUUCGGCGACAUGGGUAUUACAGACAACUUGGCUCUUCCAGAGUUGGUGCGCGAAAUAAACGAAAAGGACAGUUUUGACGUGAUUCUACACAACGGUGAUUUUGCCUACGACAUGGAUACUAACAAUUCUCGAUUUGGUGACAUAUUCAUGAAACAAAUAGAACCGAUUGCCUCUGCUGUGCCGUAUAUGACUGCCGUGGGGAAUCAUGAACAAGCCUACAACUUCUCAAACUACAAAGCUCGUUUCAGUAUGCCAGGAGGGGACGGUGAAUCACAGUUUUAUAGCUUUAAUAUUGGACCGGCUCACAUAAUUUCUUUUUCAUCUGAGUUCUACUAUUACCUGUCCUACGGUUGGAGACAGCCAUUCAGACAGUAUGACUGGCUGGAACAGGAUUUAUUGGAUGCCAAUAAACCAGAAAAUCGCCAGCUGAGGCCUUGGAUAAUCGCUUUCGGACACCGCCCAAUGUACUGCAGUAAUAAUGACGAUGCGAUGCAUUGUGACAAUGUCAACAAUAUUGUUCGGACGGGUUUUCCGUACGGAAAAAAUGGAAGCAGUGGCUAUAGCCUUGGACUAGAAGAAUUGUUCUACCAGUAUGGAGUUGACAUAAUUAUUGGCGCGCACGAACAUUCUUAUGAGCGUUUUUGGCCAGUGUACAAUCUGAAGGUAUGUAACGGUACACCGGAAAACCCUUAUCUGAACCCUCCAGCACCAGUCCACAUUGUCACAGGAUCAGCUGGAUGCUCGGAAGGUAUGGACCCUUUUACUCCCGGAGGAAAACCCUGGUCCGCCUUCCGAUCAGAUGACUACGGAUUUACUCGAAUGCACAUUCACAAUAAAACUCACCUUAGUGUGGAACAGAUUUCAGUGCAACAGGGUCCCAACGGCGUUGUUAUCGACUCAUUUACAAUUGUAAACAGUCAUCAUGGAAAAGACCAGUUCACCUGCCAUCUAGAACCAGAAAGUCAGGAAAAACCUUGGACUGCAAUCCAACCAGCGAAGAAAGCCAUAUUGAGGAAUGUUGGAACGAGUCGCGCCUGGGCCCGGCUUUUUGCACCCUAAAGAUGUUUACCCACAUGAAAUCCAUAGUGCUGGCCUAUCAUUCCUGAUUUGUCACUUUGCGUUUGAUGUCCCCCCACAAGAACUUUGUCACACAUACGAUCUUACCAGUUCCAACCACUUUUUGACGUCUGAGGUAGCAGACGCCCAGCCUAACUGAGACACCACUGAGGGGUACUAAAAUGUUUCUCACACAAGAAUGUUUGCUCCGCACACUUCUCCAACAAGGACAUAAAACAUGGAAUGUUUUGACUUCAGUGAAAUCAUCAUAUCUUCAAUGCACGUCCUUCAUCGGGACAUCCCUCAUGUUGUGACAGUAAAUACGAAUAAAUUGCAUCGGAU